AUGUCGGGACCUCGCCGAACGAGAGACAAGAACCCAAAGCAACAGGGCCAGGCCGCAAGUCAUAGCUCGAAAUCGAAGGUUCCAGCUUCUUCUGACCUUGACCAUCUGUGUAUCAUUUGUGCUGAGCCAAUAAAGUACUCCGCAGUUUCUCCAUGUAACAACGUUACCUGCCACCUCUGUUGCUUCCGUCAAAGGGCUCUUUAUGGCAAGAGAACUUGUUUAGUGUGUCGAACUGAGCACGAUGAUGUGAUUUUCACUGAACAGCCCACCGUGGAUGACUCUCGUUACGAUGCUUUCUUCGAAAAGUCUCGAGGAAUCGUGGAUGACAAAAACGGCGUCCAUUUCACCGCACAAUACGUUUACGACGACACGGAGAAAUUGCUCCAGGUGAGCUGCACCCUCUGUAAUGAGAUUUUUGCUAAUUUUAACGAGCUCAAAGCACAUACAAAGGAAGUUCAUCAGCGACAAUUUUGUGACAUCUGCGCUGCUCAUAAGAAAGCGUUUGUGUGUGAGUUGAAGCUCUACACGCAAAAGCAACUCCAAACACAUCUUAAUGAAGGCGACAAUGAAGGGUUCACUGGCCAUCCGCGGUGCCGUUUUUGCAGAAAUCAUCGUUUCUACUCGGAAGACGAGCUCAAUGUGCACAUUCGUGAAAGACAUGAGCGUUGCUAUAUCUGUGACCAGGAUAGAAACGCCUCGCAUGAGUAUUAUCGUGAUUACGACGACUUGUACAAUCAUUUUCGUGCAGCCCACUAUGUUUGUUCCAUUCCAUCGUGUGUGGAGAAGCGAUUUGUGGUAUUCAGAGAGGAUCUCGACUUAACGGCUCACAUGCUUAAGGAGCACGGUGGUAUCACGGGUCAAAACGGCCGAGUGGUGAUUGGUGCUACUCUGUCGCAGUUCCAAUCGCAACUCCUGACGUUUCCACGCAAGAAUACCCCGAAAACCGAUACAGAUUCAAGAGACACUAAGAAACGAAGAUUUGAUGAACGAGCAAAGCAUUACCUUAACAACGACACAGUCGCAAUUUCCAAAUUCAACCAGCUUAACAAUCUGUUUAAACUGCGCAGGUUGACUGUCGAUGAACUUGUGGAUGAAUAUAAAACACUUUUCACGUCCGAGAGUCUGGAUGUGUCACUUUUGAUUUAUGAGCUCGCUGAGUUGUAUCCGGAGUACUCGGAACAAAGGACCCAGCUUGAAAAAGCAUAUAACAGCCUCAACCCAGCUGCUGCUGCCCCUAGCAUUGGUGAAAACUUUCCUAUUUUGGGCAAUGGACUGUCGCUGUCAAUCUCCAACUCCUCCUGGGGUGCUGGAGUAGCUAGAAAAUCUAGAGAAGAGCUCUUCCCUGCACUUUCCAAGCCAUCUCGAACCACUUCUCCUGUUAUCAAGAAUGCUCCUGUCAGAUACACAGUUUUGAAGAAGCCUACUCCAAAACCUAAGGUAACCAUCAAUAACUUCCAGGGUAACUCUGAAUAUAAGCCCAGUUACUUGGACAAUCUUACGCGUGGCCAAUCAGAGAGCAGUCUACCUAUCCUUGGAAGCUCUAGUGUGUCUUCAGCAGUCUCUGCCUCGAGUUCACGUGGUCUGUCUCGUGUGCAGCUGCCUGUUCCAAGACCUUCCUCUGCCAAUCUUUCGGAAGACAAGUUCCCUACGCUUACAAAGAAGUCCACGCGCAAAGAGAUUCCUCCUGUGCGGUCACCAGUGACAAGCACCGGGCAGUGGGGUCAGGGGCUUACUGCUGCUCCUGCAAAAGAGGAAGAUACUUGGGGUAUUGCCAUCAUAGAUAAGAAGGCUGAGAAGUUGAGAAGGAAGCAGCUAAAGAAAAAAUAA